CCCCAUCUACGUACGGGUAUCCAUCAAUUGAUCAAUCCACCCACCCCCCCCCCUCGUGCCAUCACGACCAGAUCAACUAACCAGCACUCCAUCCACCAAAUGCGAGCCAAAAUGACCACUGGACUAAAACUACAAAACCUCCCGAGCCUCUUCCGCCUCCAACACCACUUUCAUCACCGGCGCCUUAUCUCGACUACAAUCCGUGCCGCAACAACACCGACGCUACCAACGCUGACGAAGCAUCAUGCAAUUCUCGAGUCUUUGACUAGGCUGGUGAAAUGGGGGUUUGCGAGAGAAAGUCUUGUGCUGUUGGCUAGGAGGGGGAUUAGUGCGGAUGAGAGUGGAGAGGGUGAAGUCAGGGUUGGUGUUUUGGGAAAGGGGGAUGAGUUAGGGAGGGUAGCUGCUGCUUUGCUUGAUGAUCCAUUGGCUAGGGGGGAGAGUGAAGAUGGAGGAAGGCAGAUGUGGGUAAAGGCGUUGCGGAAGUGGUGUGCUGAGAGCGGGAGUAGGGGGCUGCUCAUACGCCAUGGCCCCUCUAGCGAAAUAUCGACCCCAAAAAACUCACCCGUCUCCCUCCUCACCAUUCCGUCACCGCUUCUGAAACCCUCUAAACUCGAAAUCCUGCUCGCACCAAUACCCCCGGGAGACCCUACCGACCUAACUCUCCAGGCCAAUAAUGUUCCUGGCUCACGUUUCAUCAAAUUCCCGGUUCAUAAGUCGAUAGUGUACGCAGGUGAGGGAGAAGCUGGUCUACAAGUGCUCUUAGAUCACGAUUACACCACCACUACUGCCUACGAUGAUAAGUCACGGGUGCUCCGACUGCUCUCACUGCCGGAUUUGGUCCCAGGGAAUCAUAGGAGUGGAUCAGUCAAGAUCGUCAAUCUGCCUAUUGUGGAAGAUGCCAUCAAGCGGUUAAAUGCUUCCUCUGCAAAUUCUAUCAUGUUUGAGCGGGAGUGGUUACAAAGUGGGUUUGGUGCUGUGCAGGAGUGGGUCCUCGACGGGUGUGAGAAGCCCGAUAGCGACAGUGGGGGUGUCCGGCCCGUUGUCAAAACUUUGAUUUCAUCGAUCGUCGCUGAAUCCGAGCGCGUGAUCCGUGGGGAAGAGGAGAGAUUACGUCGCGCGGCGGGGGAGAAGGAAGGGCACUUUGUUGGUAAAUGCUUUGCUGUUGUUGACAAUGCUGAAAGCUUGUCCGCGAGUUUGAGGAAUUGGUCGCAGAAUGCCCAUUCGGAAUUGCAAAAUUCUUUGGCGGUGGGGUUCAGUUCUCGCGCGUGGGGGCAGCUUGCUUGGUGGAAGUUGAUUUGGACGGCAGAUGACGUCACGGCCAACUCGAGGGAGGUAGUUAGCACAUGGUUGCUACCCCAAUCCAAGAGGGCAUUCGUAUUCUUGGCCGGUCGUCUGGCUGGCGCCGGGUUCAAAGGGGGUCCUCAGACAGCAUUCCGGCGACCAAGUUCCCCAGAAGAACUCGCGCAAUCCCGAUUGGCCGAUACCUCGUCCCCCUUCAUCUCUUCCACCUCCAAAAACCUUGACAAGUACGUACCUGAGGGAUCCUACCCUACACACCUCUUCACAAAGACAGAAAACGUUAUCAGUAAUAUGAUAUCUGACCUCCAGACCUCGGCCAACAGGCUUCUCAUGGGGUCGUUGUCAUUUUCCGUCACAUUAGCAGCCGCUUCCGGCCUGCUCUACCUAUCCAACAUCCCCGUUUACUCGAGCUCCAGCCUCGCAGCGCUGGGACUUGUGCUGAGCAUGCGCUGGCUGCAGACUCGCUGGGGGUGGGAACGACAGCGGUUUCAACAGGCCGUGAAGGAGCAGGGUCGCAUCGCGAUAGUGGAGAGUGAGCGAUGGGCGUGGCAGAGAUUGAAGGAUGGGGUGGUCGUCGACGGGGACAUUGUCCGCAAGGAUGAGGAGCUUGAAAAAGUGCUGGAAGGCAGAGCCGUCGUUGAGCGGAUCACAAAGUUGUUGGAAAGUCCUGGAGAUUAA